AUGGACGAAUUGCUGUCGAGAGUCACUCAUCAGGCGGUGCAGUAUGCCAUCAGAUCGGGCAUCACCAUCACGACCAGCUUCGCCAUCAAAGAAUGCGGCCGUCUCCUCAAACAGGCGCCCAAGGGCAAGGAGCGCCAGGAGCUCAUGCAGUUGCAGCUCCGCCUGGAGUCCAAGAUCCGUGUCAUCGCGCCUUCGAUUGACAUGAUCGAGUUGAUUGCUGCUCGAGGCAACACGUCGCUGGAGUCUGCCGUCGCACUGACAAAGGACCUCCGUUACGAGAUGCAAAAGCUCGGUCAGCGCCUGCAGAACGCAAGCGAGGAUGCUCAACUCCAGCGGACAAGCAAGAAAUCUCGCGACGAAAUCAAUCAUGAGCUUCGUGAAAUCAUCCAGCAGAUAAGAACCUUGCUUGACCUCAUUGAAGAUGCUGUGCCUUUGAUCAACCUCGCAAUUACCACGUCAGGUGUCAACUUGUCUACCAAGCUCUCCGGCACCAUCAGCCCAAGUCGUUUGCUGCAGGCAUCUACAUUUCUCACCGCCAGCGACACCAGAUACACUAACGACCCCAGCAACCGUCAACAGGUCGGUCCCACCUAUGUCUUGACUCUGUACAUGCUGUUUGCGGGCCAUUCUUCACGAGCAUCAGACGGAGAGCGGGUUCGUCAAGCAACAUGGAAAGAAGUCAUACACAAGGCUCGGAUCAAGCUCUGGCGAGUGCCGCUCGAACAGCUCUACGAUCUGCCAGGUCAGACUUCAGACGAUGUCCCAAAUGGCUAUGCCAGCACAAUACCGGCGGAAGCUAAAGCUGGAGAGUUCGCCUAUCAGCUCGUCGUAGUGGAAGACCAGGACGAUGGUAGGUACCACGACCCUGACGAGGAAGCCUCGCGACCUUUCGAUGAUGUCUCCAAUGCCGGUAUCGCGGACGUCAUUCCCUGCCACGAGAUCUCCAAGGUCUUCUACGCAGAUCGAGGAAAGAUUUUGAACAUCGGUAGUGACGAUGGCACCAAUAAUCCUGUCCUCCUGCUGAAACGCGACGUCCACGCUGAGCCACCACGUCGUAUGAUGAGACGCUCUCCAUCUCAGGCAAGCAUAGGGGUAGAGAGCCUUACCAAUGGUCCUCGUGGAGGGCACAAAGACCAGACUGAGAUAAAUGCACAGAUCGACCGGCAAUCCGCGCCGCCCACGCCCUUGAAGGGGAAUGGACGCGAGGAAGAUCGUCAUGCCUGGCGCCUUCCCGCAGACCUGGACCCGGAGUGGAUGGCUUUUGAGGUCUAUGUCGAAGAUCAGGACGAGGACGACUCAGAUUCACCUUUGGAUGACGAGCGGCCAGCACCGAGCUGGAAUCAAUCUUCACAGUCUGGGUUGAUGAGUGCGUUUUCUGCUAUGAAGCUACGUUCAUCUCCAACAGCUUCUCCCGGAGCCACUCGAAACCUUGUUCCCGCGGAGGCAUCAACGCUGAAUCUGUCCCCCAGCAAACGCAAAGGACCUCCAAUCAAGACCAGCCUAUCACUGCUUGAGAUGCUCAUGAAGCUUGCUGCGUUGCAACAGUUCAGACAAGAGUCUCACCUAGCAAUUGAAGAUGAGUUACUCAACUUCUUUCUAUCAGAGUCUUCGACGGCCGGCGCUGGUGCGGACAAGGAGUUUCGUCAGCGUCUCCGCCGUGAUGCUACUAAGAGGGUUGGGUUUGACCCAUAUGACGAGUCUCCCAUCAAGCGGCACAGCGAAGACUACAUACGACAUGCAAACGGUGGAGCCUGCUCACCAAAUGGGUCUCCUUCUGCGCACGACCUGCCAUAUGAUGACGCCUACGAGUACGACGAGCUGCUGCUGCAACAUCCUGCUCCCCAACUGAGCCUUGCUCGGCCCUCCAUCGAGCUACACCGUUCCAGAGAAGGCUCGCCAAUGUCGCCAUCUCCACCUCGGCGCCCGCCAUAUCAACAGACUCCCUCACGCAGCUCGACUCCCGACCUGCCGCAUCGUAAUGCUGUCCAGGCUAGAUACCCGGAGGUACGUUCCUCACCACCGCCGAGUCAGCCUCUCGCAGUACCUCAGAACAGUGGGUCGAAGACGACAAGAGCAGGCACGUUACGCAGUAGCCAUUCUGAGCCCAUGCCGCGCAGCCCACUAGGCCAGUACAAUGACGACAACGAAUGA